AUGUCGAUCACUCACGUUGUUCUCUUCCAAUUCAAAUCCGGCCUCGAUGCCCAAGUAAUCAAGGACGUCUGUACGCGCAUGCUCGGUCUAAAAGAUAACUGCGUGCAUCCAUCAUCCCAGAGGCCAUACAUUAAAGCAUCAUCGGGGGGGUAUGGACAAUUCACCCGAGGGUAUUCAGGUGAGUCUACCAAGCAAAAGGCCCUUUUUGGCGGUAUCACUCAUGCCUUUGUUGUUGAGUUUGAGAACGCGGCAGACCGAGACUAUUAUUGCAAGGAAGAUCCCGUGCACCAAGAAUUCGUUCAGAGCCUAGGUGGAAUCAUCGAGAAAGCCCAGGCAAUUGACUAUACACCUGGUGUCUACUAG